UGGUUUAGUGGGAGGGGAUAUAACUCAAGAAUGUUGGUAUCAUCCAAGUAGUAUGCUUGUGUGUGUGUGUGGACUGCAGAUACACUGCAGCCCUUCUAUGCUACAGCAGACCCUUGGGAAAUAUACACUGCAGCCCUUCUAUGCUACAGCAGACCCUUGGGAAAUACCCACAGACUAUAUUUCACCUUGCUGUAGCACAGCCAUAAAACCCCUGACACUUGGGGUUUAAAUCAAGACAAGGCAUUCUGCUUAUUUAUAAUUUAAAUUCUUCCAACUCGGAGUAACUGUGUUUCAAUAAGAGUCCAUGUAUCAGAAGCCCAUUAGAUUUAUCUGUCUGACAUGACUGGAUAAAUUAACCAGGAUAAAUUAUCUAACCAUGCAGACAUGUCUCCUGUCAAGUUUAGCCCAAGUGAUCUUCUUUGUUAAUUUUCAAUGACAUUGUCUGUGAGAUCAAUUGUCCCCUUGAUUCUCAAUCCCAGUUAUUUACAGUUUUGCUAUAUUUCAUGUCAGCAGUUGUUAUGAAUCAUAAUGAAUGGCUUUGAAAAGAUAGGCUAGUGUUAUGGAGCUGGUUAGAUGGAGUGUUGGUGCGAAUAGAGCCUCUCUUAAACUGGGAAGAUCUUAGGUAGUAGCUGUGGUUUGAAUUAGACGUGACCUCUAGCAGUGGGAUUGAAUUAAUGUAUGGUUGACUCUCUGUCACACACACACGUUCCUUCAUCCAUCAUAGGUUGGAAUGGGCUGAUUCAGUAGGAAUCACUGCUGAGUGAGUGGGACCUCAGCUUAGACUUCCGCCUCCCUUUUACAUUGUGCACAACAAGUCUGACACGUAUUUAGGAGGAUAGGCUAUAGGUCUCUAGGUUGUUUUCUCUUUGAAAUACCCAGAUUUUCAACCAUUUUCAUGAUGUUCGGACUAGGAAUGCAGGCCCAGGCUAUAUUUGAUGGUAUCGAGGAGCUAUGUUCUAAGAGGGAUGAGCUGAACCGUCAGAUCCAGCAGGAGGAGAAGGAAAAGGGUCGUCUGCAGCACGACAUCCGUGUCCUCACCGAGAAACUAAGCCGCGUCAAUGAGAGCCUGGCCCGACGACUCUCCGUCCGCGCUGACUUUGACCACACCAUCGGCGAGACCGAGGGUGCCUUUAUGAAGAUUCUGGAGAGCUGUCAAACACUGCUGAGUGUAAUAAAGAAGGAAGCAGGAAAUCUCGGCAAAGCCACUGAACCCGGAAGGAAAGACCACUGACGUCCAGACUACCGCCCCUAAACCUCUAACCCAGACACCAGCAUUUCCCCUCACCCUUGUAACUGUGCACUGUUUGUACACUGAACAAAAAUAUAAAUGCAACAUGCAACCAUUUUAAAGAUUUUACUGAGUUACAGUUCAUAUAAGGAAAUCAGUCAAUUUAAAUAAAAUCUUUAGGCCCUAAUCUAUAUCUUUAAAAAAAGGUAGGGGCGUGGAUCAGAAAACCAAUCAGUAUCUGGUGUAACCACCAUUUGCUUCAUGCAGCUCAACACAUCUCCUUCGCAUAGAGUUGAUCAGGCUGUUGAUUGUGGAAUGUUGUCACACUCCCCUUCAAUGGCUGUGCGAAGUUGCUGGAUAUUGGCGGGAACUGGAACACAAUGUCGUACACGUCGAUCCAGAGCAUCCCAAACAUGCUCAAUGGGUGACAUGUCUGGUAACUAUGCAGGCCGUAGAAGUGUGACAUUUUCAGCUUCCAGGAAUUGUGUACAGAUCCUUGUGACAGCAUUAUCAUGCUGAAACAUGAGGUGAUGGCGGUGGAUGAAUGGCAUGACAAUGGGCUUCAGGAUCUCGUCACGGUUUCUCUGUUCAUUCAAAUUGCCAACAAUGAAAUGGAAUUGUGUUUGUUGUCUGUAGCUUAUACCUGCCCAUACCAUAACCCCACCGCUACCAUGGAUCACUCUGUUCACAACGUUGACAUCAGCAAACCGCUCGCGCACACACAACGCCAUAAACACUGUCUGCCAUCUGCCCGGUACAGUUGAAACCGGGAUUCAUCCGUGAAGAGUACAUUUCUCCAGCGUGCCAGUUGCCAUCGAAGGUGAGCAUUUGCCCACUGAAGUCAUUUACGAUGCCGAACUGCAGUCAGGCCAAGACCCUGGUGAGACUGACGAGCACACAGAUGAGCUUCCCUGAGCGGGUUUCUGACAGUUUGUGCAGAAAUUAUAUGGCAAUAGCUCUGGCUGGCAUUCCUACAGGCAGCAUGCCAAUUGCUCCCUUAAAACCUGAGUCAUCUGUGGUGUUGUUUGACAAAACUGCACAUUUUUGAGUGGCCUUUUAUUGUCCCUAGCACAAGGUGCACCUUUGUAAUGCUGUUUAAUCAUCUUCUUGAUAUGCCACACCUGUCAGGUGGAUGGAUUAGUAAACAAAUUUGUGCACAACAUUUGAGAGAAAUAAGCUUUGUGUGUGUAUGGAACAUA